AUGAUGCCAGCAAUUCCUGGUUUGGGAGAGUCAUACUCCUUAACCGAGCUUCCUCGAAUCCCAGAUCUCAGUCUUCCCGAAAGAGUGGUGGUGUCAGAAUCACAAAAUGGCAAGCUGUACCUUUCCACAGAGACAAUAGACUUGGGAAUCUCCAAGCUGAUCAUAUCCAGCUAUGUUUUGAAGCCCACCCCAAAACUUUGCUGGUCCUAUCCAUUGUCCCCCAGUACUAUUGUCGACAGCAUGGAUGUAAAGGACUCAUUAUAUCUUGUCGGCUUGACUGAACGGAAAAAGAGCAAAUUAUUGAUGAUCCAAAAGACGGGUGACGAGUCCGUUGUCACCGGAGAAUUCCUGUUGAGUGUUCCAGCUGUUGCAGUGAAGUUUUCAUCUACUAAAAGUGCUUAUGUGCUUUUGAAAAACGGAGAUUUGGAGUUGUACAACUUUAGCAUUGAAGACAGCAUCAUUAUCGAAAAAGUCCCCGAGCUCACAAACUUAACUCAAGGCACUUCUAAAGCUAGUAGUGUUAUGUUCUCUCGCUUUAUUAGCGACCAUAACCUCAAAUACAACCACGACUUGUUCUUCUUCAUUUCCAGAAGUAACUCGAAACUCACAUACAGAUUGAUAGCUUUAGAGGGAACCAAAUCUUUUGAGCUAUACCAAACCAGCAUCCCCUUCUCUAAGCCAGAGAGUCUUUGCUUUGCCUACAGUGAUGGUACUGUCUACCAAUUUGACAAGAAGACCAAGACCAUCUCGUCGAGCUCGCUCAUGAAGCCACAAGAGACAUUGAAGUCUUUCAGCUUAAAAAACAUCAUUGGUAAAUCUAGUUCCAAAAGCUUGUUUUCCAUGACCUCUCCUUCUUCUGAGAGAAUAAUUUUGUCGCAUGAAUCACUGAUUUUCAUCAUCAGCUUCAAGUACGAGAGUGUCCUAGGCGAACACACUAACAACUCCCAUAAUCAGGUGUUUUUGACUUUCGCUCUUCCUGUUGCAGGUAACACAACUGAAACCCGCAACUCCUUUGCAUUGUACUUGAAUUUUGAAGAGAAGACGAAAACCUGCAAGUUAAAGCUGAUUCAGAUUGAUGUCGGUUUGAAUUUGUUGAGCGAGUCUCUUGGUAAAUCUCUUCACAACUCAUCGGAAAUUAAGUGGAAUGGUUUCCCUGCUUUGGAAGAUGAAAACAUGAUAGAAGCAAACAAGAAAAUUGUCAAAGAAUUAGAAAGGACGGACAAGAAUUUGUUGCAAGAUCAGGCACAAAAAAAUACUUCUGCUUUCGACUCACAUGUGGUGGAAUUUCUCAAAAAUGCUCCAUUAGAAGAGAAUACCACAUAUAAGUUCUCUUCUUUGACAGACAGAGUGGUCGACGCUAGAUUCAUCGAGUCAAUAUUAGCCAUGAUUUUUGAAAUUGAUGAAUCAGAAAGUGUUCAAAUCAUCAACGAAGAGUUUGUCCCACAAACAACAUUAACAUAUCUUUUUACACAUCCGUUGUACCCAGAAAAAUAUGCCAAGGGCUUGUUGAUGCUUUUGUCUCAAUUGAAUCAACCAGACUUAUUGAAGCAGGCUAUUGAUAACUGUGUGGGUCUCACUAUUGAAGAACUCACGCAAGAGUUGAUAAACUUGGUGGAAUUGUUGGACGAGAUGGAUGCAGAGGAAAAAGAGGAUGCUUAUUACAUCUCAUCGUUCUUGAAGGCCACUAUUAAUCGCUUACUGACGGACUAUUCCGUAGGGGAAAUCACGAGUAAGUUGCAAGAAAUUUUGAAUAUUGAGUAUGAAAGCGCCAACAAGAAGUUGGAACACUUGUUAAAUGCGUUAAUCGAUAUCAACAACAAUCAGUCAUGGACGUUAUUGCAAGCCGUCAUUGAUGUUGGUGGAUUAUUCAACUGGAGCUUGCCUACUGUCAACAAACUUAGCGAAGUCAUUGACGCUAAGGUUGAAGCAUUGACACAAAAUAGCUAUAACUUAACAUUAACGUCUCAAGCCGUUAUAGGCUUGCAAAAUGCUGGAAAGAAAGGCGCCAAGAAGUCCACACCUAAAGUUGUGGAUAACAUUCACGAGAUUAAUAACCAAAGAUUGCAGUUGGACGCCAUUUUAACAAUCAACAACAAUACCACCAACAAGAAGUUGAUGGUUGACGAAGGCAUUGAGCUCGCAAAGAAAAUUCCAACAUACUCGAGGGAAAAGUUGGUUUUGUAG